GCUCAGCUGAUGGAUGGAACCAGGUGAGGCAAAGCCUGUAGCAUUUAGCUUUUUAUUCUUCUCUGCAGUCUGUUCCCUCCCUGAAGGCCAGUCUAAUCAGGUUCAGUCUGUUUAUGUACGACUGCCGGCAGUCACACUUAAACAAGGUUAUGUCAGCUGCAGUGUGUGCAUGUUAGCAGAUAGAAGAGGCUAAGAUAGAGGCUAAGAUAGAGUCUAUUACAAAAGCAAACCUCUUGCUCUCUGAUAUGUUCAGCUUUCAAGUAAACGCUCAGAUUAAAUCAGACCUGGAACAGACUCAUGGAGGCAGCAGCUCCUGCAGACCUGCAGGUGGUUUAUGGAUGACUGAUUAGUGACAUAAAUAAUGCCAAAGGUUACCUGCAGGAAACAGGAAGUGACCUGCUGCAACAGUUCUGAUGAAGGACAGAAGCAUAAAAACGGUCUUUGUUUUCACUGAAGCAUGAAAACGAUAGUUUUAUUCUGAAGAAGCGGCUGAUCUCCAGAGACUGACUGAACAGUUCCAGGUUCUUCUGGUUCUGGAAGCGAUUAUGCUUCGAAGAAGCGGAGCCAAGACUAGAAGAUGCUGGUUGGAGAUCCGGCAAUCUCGCUAUCUGUCCUUCGCUCCAGCACCACCUGAACUCCAUAGAUUGCAUUACCCAGCAAGCACCAGGAGCAGACUGUGCCAGGCGGGCCAGGAGACGGGCCAGCUGAGUGAUCAGAUCAACAGAAUCUUAAAGGCCAACGAACACAGCCACAUCAGGCCCAGAGGCCCUGCAUCCCAUGGAGUGCUGGGUUUCCAUAGCAACACACUUCCCUCUAACCACCCCAGUGAGGAUCGACGGAGUAGCGCCACCUGCCUGCUGGGGCGGGGCGGGGUUCUGUUCGGUGUGUUUGACGGCCACGCAGGUCCGUCAUGUGCUCAGGCCAUCAGCCAGAGGCUCUUCUACUACUUCACUGUGGCCAUGCUGCCACUGAGAACCCUGCAGGAACUGGACCGGGCUGUGGAGGAGGACCGGGCGGUACCACCGCUGUUGGAGUGGCACAAACACCCCCAGGAUCACAGCAGCCCCGAUGGCGGGGCCAUCUCCUUCCACAGCCUCAGGAACUACUGGCAGGAGAGGCUGCGUGAGGAUGAGAAAGAGGACAACGAGGAUGAUGGCAGAGUGACAUCAGCGCUGAUGGACGCGUUCAGACGUCUAGACUAUGAUGUGUCUGUGGAGGCUCAGGUCCACCUGUCCCUGUCCUCUCCCAGACGGGUGUCCAUACCUGGGGAAGGCUUUUGUCUGUCCUCUCCCCUCCGGGUGGCGCUGUCAGGCUCCACAGCUUGUGUUGUUCAUGUUUCCAACGGCGUCCUGCAUGUGGCCAACCUGGGGGACAGUCGGGCAGUCCUUGGAGUCCAAGAAGGGGAUGGGCGCUGGUCGGCACUGAGCCUCACCAACGACCACACUGCCAGGAACCCUGAAGAGGUACAGAGGAUUCUGCGGGAGCACCCAGUUUCGGAGAGGAAGACGGUGGUCCGUCAUGACAGGCUGCUGGGCCUGCUGCUACCCUUCAGGGCUUUUGGAAACGUUCGGUUCAAAUGGAGCCCGGAGAUGCUCAGUCGACUUUAUGACACACGACCAGAUGUUCUGUCUGCCGUCAGCGAGUCGGUGCGGACUCUGCCGCCUCAUUACCUGACCCCGCCCUACCUGAGCGCUCAACCUGAGGUCACGCGACACCUCAUGAAGCCUGUAGACAAGUUUCUGGUCCUGGCAACGGAUGGACUGUGGGAGCUCAUGCACCGGCAGACAGUGGUCCAGCUGGUUGGAGACCAUGUGGCAGGUCUUCAGCAGCAGAGGCCCAUCGUCCCCAGCGCUGAUACCACCCUGGGCAGCCUGCAGCGCCUCCUGCUGGAGCGGAGGGGCCGAGUCCAGUCAGUCAUGGAGGACCAGAACGUGGCCACCCAUCUGCUGCGCCACGCCCUGGGUGACGACGGGUACGGAUCUGUGGACCAGAACCGCUUGGCCCGAAUGCUGAGUCUGCCAGCAGAUCUUGCUCGGAGGUACCGUGAUGACAUCACAAUCACCGUGAUCCACCUGAACGACCUCUGAGGUCAGAUAAAGGUUCCUGUUGUUCAAAGAACUAAACUCACUUAAUUUUGAUGAACUGGACCAGCAGGGUUCUGAUGGACACAUCUGCAGUCAGUAGCAGUAUCAGAACCAGUGACGGAUGUCAUAUGCUUGUUAUUAGUCUGCUUUUAUCAAACUCCAGUUCACUAGUUUAGAAAGUCCAGUUCAGUUGGUGAGGUGUGAAUGCUAAGCUAACUCUGGACUGACUAGAAACCUCGGUCUGGGUUUGGUUGAAUGCAUAUGUGAACGCCAGAGACUGCUCCAACCCCAAGACCUGGACUACAGCACAGAGAAUUCUGGGUAAAUACAACCAAGCUAAACAUGCUAGCCUAGCACUAGCAGGAGAAAUGGCUCUUUAGUUGAAGAUUAAAGAGAAAUCCUCCAAUCACUAAAAUCUAACGCCUCCAUUUUAGUUUCCAUUUGGUGAAGAAGGAAGUUACUCUCAGUGUCUUUCUCAAUGUUGAGGUUUUGUUUCCAAUCUAAUUGAGUUUACCAGGCUAUCGUGUGUAAACAGCAUGAAACGAGUAGGACCACACCGUAGACAUCGGAUUAGGGCUUGUAGGUUAGCGCUCUGCUUCCCUCUAGUGGUCAGAACAUGAGCUGACCACUCGUGUUCUGACAAUGAUGCUGUCAGGUUCAACAUCAGAUCAUCACCUGGACAGUCAGGUAUGAACCAGUCCUGACUGGGAGGACUGGGCCACCCAGUCUGCUGCAGAACCGGAAGUCAGAAGAAGACCUCAUCCUGCUGGAGAACAAACCUUUACGGCUCCCCCUGCU